CAGAAUGACUUUAUCUCCGUGUACUGCGGCUCUUUGUGACUGUAUGAUUCAUUUAUCUGCGUUUUGGAUAGGCUACCUGCUGCUUUACAGUAGCCUACAGCAUGAGUUUACGGCAGAUGCGGAAAAAGAUCGAGACAAUGGACAAAUGACGAUACUGGUGUUCAAUAAAAAGUAGUAGGCUAUAUAGGCUAUACCUAACUGCAUAGACGCUGACAGAAAAUCAUUUGUUUUUCAUUGAUAGGCUAUGCCUAUGUAGAAAUAUAGGCUACUUGCAGCAAACGAACUAAAAUCAAUUACAUGCUAGUUGAUUUAGUAUAGGCUAAUCGCUUUUUAUAGGAGCUCUGUUAGAGGAAUUUCCUACCCUGUUGUCACAGAAAAGCGCGUUUGGGACUUUUGUCUAAAUAACCGGUGAAAUGCUAUCCACUCAAGACAGUUGAUCAUAAUCAAUUUAGUUUCUACCUGUUAUUCUAUUACCAAGACAUGUAUAGUGGCGUUUAAAUGCCCAUUCUGAGAGGCAAAUAGACUAGUCGCCUAUGUCAACCUGGUCUCAGAGUAUUUCGUAUUAUUCUGUACUUAAAUCCGAGAUACUCCAUUUAGUAUAUGUUACGUUUCAUAUGAUAUGUAUUAAUUUGGGGAUAUCCAUCAACCAUUUUGUAAGAUAUGUUACGAAUUACAAUUCAUGUUAUAUGUUAUGAAUUUUCAAAAUGUACAAUAUGUUACGAAUUUGAAAAACGUAUGAUAUGUUACGAAUUCUAGCUGGGUGGCUAACGUGAUCUAGCUGGUUAACGUUAGCUAGGCUAGGAGUUAGGGUUACAUUUAGGAGUUAGGUUAAAGGGUUAGGGGAAGGGUUAGCUAAGUAGUUGCAAAGUAGCUAAAAGUAGAAAGUAGUUGAAAAGUUGCUAAAAUUCUGAAGUUGGCCGUGGUGAGAUUCGAACUCGCAACCUUUGGGUUGCUAGACGUUUGAGUUAUACCUAAAAGGGUUAAGGUUUGGGGAAGAGUUAGCUAACAUGCUACAUAGUUGCAAAGUAGCUAAAAUGUAUUAAGUCUUUGAAAAGUUGCUAAAAUGCUAAAGUUGGCCGUGAUGAGAUUCAAACUUGCAAAUGUUGGGUUGCUAGACGUUCGCUUCAUAUGCCCACCCACGAGACCAGAUAACAGAUUAGUGUUUCGUUCAUUGGUGUGCAUGGAUUACAAUGAUUUGUGAGUCAUAAUCAGCCAGCAUUGUUAGCAUGGGAUACCAGGUAACCUAGCAUGACAAUCACAUCAGAGCACCAGGGACCACAGGUAGAUCACAUUGAUUCAGAUUAAAUGGACAGGGAGGACCUGGUCCCAGCUCAGGACUCCUAUUCUGAGACACUUGAUACAAAGGCCCCAGAUCUAACAUUACUGGAUAGGCCCUGGAUACUGGAUUAUUGGAUAGGUGACCACAAGGUACCACUUUAAAUGCGUUUCCAGCAUUACAGUCAUAGAAGAUCAAGGAUUAGGCCUACCUCAAGGAAGGGAGGAGGAAAUUGUACAUUUUAGAAUUGGAACAAGGUCCACUGUAUCAUCUAAAAAUGCAGUGAUGAGAUUGGUAAAGAUUAGAUCAUUACUACGCUUUUCCAUACUGAAGGUAUCAAUGACAUCAAGUGCAAUCAAUGCUACAAUUUCCAAUUUGAUUGGAGAAUGUGAAGAUAAUAAUGUUGUGUAAUGACUCCAUAAGUGUUUAACAAAUAAUUUAUUCAUUAUAAGCAGUGCGUAAGUUGUCUUAAAGUUAUUCUUUAUUCUACAGGAGGAACAAAUCAAAUCUAAUGCAUCUAAUACUCUGAAUUAGAGGUCGACCGAUUAAUCGGAAUGGCCGAUUAAUUAGGUCCGAUUUCAAGUUUUCAUAACCCCGAUUUGGCCGAUUGUUUUAUUUAUUUAUAUAUAUAUUUUUUACACCUUUAUUUAAUAUUUUUUUAACUAGGCAAGUCAGUUAAGAACACAUUCUUAUUUUCAAUGACGGCCUAGGAACGGUGGGUUAACUGCCUCGUUCAGGGGCAGAACGACAGAUUUUUACCUUGUCAGCUCGGGGGAUUCAAUCUUGCAACCUUACAGUUAACUAGUCCAACGCUCUAACCACCUGAUUACAUUGCACUCCACGAGGAGCCUGCCUGUUACGCGAAUGCAGUAGAAGCCAAGGUAAGUUGCUAGCUAGCAUUAAACUUAUCUUAUAAAAAACAAUCAAUCAAUCAUAAUCACUAGUUAACUACACAUGGCUGAUGAUAUUACUAGUUUAUCUAACGUGUCCUGCGUUGCAUAUAAUCGAUGCGGUGCGUAUCGUUGUUGCACCAAUGUGUACCUAACCCUAAACAUCAAUGCCUUUCUUAAAAUCAAUACACAGAAGUAUAUAUUUUUAAACCUGCAUAUUUAGCUAAAAGAAAUCCAGGUUAGCAGGCAAUAUUAACCAGGUGAAAUUGUGUCACUUCUCUUGCGUUCAUUGCACACAGAGUCAGUGUAUAUGCAACAGUUUGGGCUGCCUAAUUUGCCAGAAUUUUACGUAAUUAUGACAUAACAUUGAAGGUUGUGCAAUGUAAUAGGAAUAUUUAGACUUAUGGAUGCCACCCGUUAGAUAAAAUACAGAAUGGUUCCGUAUUUCACUGAAAGAAUAAACGUCUUGUUUUCGAGAUUAUAGUUUCCGGAUUUGACCAUAUUAAUGACCUAAGGUGAAUAUUUAUGUGUGUUAUUAUGUUAUAACUAAGUUUAUGAUUUGAUAGAGCAGUCUGACUGAGCGGUGGUAGGCAGCAGCAGGCUCGUAAGCAUUCAUUCAAACAGCACUUUCCUGCGUUUUGCCAGAAGUUCUUCGCUGUGCUUCAAGCCUAUCAACUCCCGAGAUUAGGCUGGUGUAACCGAUGUGAAAUGGCUAGCUAGUUAGCGGGGUGCGCGCUAAUAACGUUUCAAACGUCACUCGCUCUGAGUCUUGGAGUAGUUAUUCCCCUGGCUCUGCAUGGGUAACGCUGCUCAAGGGUGGCUGUUGUCAUUGUGUUCCUGGUUCGAGCCCAGGUAGGAGCGAGGAGAGGGACGGAAGCUAUACUGUUACACUGGCAAUACUAACGUGCCUAUAAGAACAUCCAAUAGUCAAAGGUUAAUGAAAUACAAAUGGUAUAGAGAGAAAUAGUCCUAUAAUUCCUAUAAUAACUACUAUAAAAAACUUCUUACCUGGGAAUAUUGAAGACUAUUGUUAAAAGGAACCACCAGCUUUCAUAUGUUCUCAUGUUCUGAGCAAGGAACUUAAACGUUAGCUUUCUUACAUGGCACAAACAUGGCACAUAUUGCACUUUUACUUUCUUCUCCAACACUUUGUUUUUGCAUUAUUUAAACCAAAUUGAACAUGUUUCAUUAUUUAUUUGAGGCUAAAUUGAUUUUAUUUAUGUAUUGUAUUAAGUUAAAAUACGUGUUCAUUCAGUAUUGUUGUAAUUGUCAUUAUUACAAAUAAAAUAGAAAAUCGGCUUUUUUUGGUCCUCCAAUAAUCGGUAUCGUAUCAGCGUUGAAAAAUCAUAAUCGGUCGACCUCCACUCCGAAUACCAGAGGUGUAGACUUUACAGUGAAAUGCUUACUUACACGAGCACGUUCCAAACAACGCAGAGUUAAAAAGUAAGACAAAUAUUUUCUAAAUAAAAAAGAGAUAUUAACACAAUAAAAACAAGGAGUACCAGUACAGAGUCAGUGUCUUGUCUUUUUUCUCUCUCUUCUGUUAGCUGCAUUUCAAUAACUUUAAUUGAUAAUUCAUACUCCCUCUUUUGUGUUACCCUCUUCUUUAUGUUAUACUGUAGAGACCAUCAGUGUCAUACACAGAUGUGUUCCUACUCUUUAUUCCAUUGAAUAAAGGGAAACUAUUAUUAGUCAAUGGUGUUAUAGAUUUGCAUGUUCCAGCUGGGGGAGUGUAUUGUGUGACAGAAAAACAGUUCACAUUCAUUAAAUUGUUCCCGUAUAUUUUUCUUUUAACAAAAACACUCUCUCUCUGGCUCUAUGUAAAUUCAAUGGCAUCGACUGUCAUCUUUUCCACUAAUUGUCUGUCUCUACACAUGUGUUCACGAGCGCAGACACAAGGAUUUUAUUUUAACUUUCAGUGAAGGAAGGAUCAUAAAUGAAAAAGGAUUAUAGAUAAGAGAUGUAGAACUAAUCAGGAAGGCUGGCAGCCUGACACACACACACACACACACACACACACACACACACACACACAAAGACUGUCUGUAUAAUAUGGCUUUAUACCAAGAUGUGAAAGGGGGCUGGAUAUAUUUGUCAUUAUAAGUUAUCUAUCCAUCGUUGGUCCUUCAUAAAGAGUUCAUACAUUCAUAAUAAAAGGCUUUAUAUUGAGAUGUGAACGAGGGCAUCUCGGAUGGAGAUGCCUUAGUUAUCCAAUCCGCCAUAUCCUCAUUAGACAGAGCUCAUUGACACACAGUAAUUGCCUAAUACCCUAAACUCCGUUUAGUGGAUGAGUUCUAAGGAAUCUCACAGUGGGUCAUAGUCGGAACCUACUGUAAAUGAUGAGUCCCGUAAGCUAAUCGCUAAUACCCUAUGGAUAAGGACUGGGGACCCAGUCUGACAACCACUGGAUUAACGCGAGGGUAAGAGCCAGCCCCCUUUCACAUGUAUUUUUGAGCUGGCAGACUGGCAAACAGGGCAAAGGGUUGAUGGGAUUAUCGUCUGUAGAGAAGUGUAGAUUUCUCACCUUCCCCGAUUUUGCCUGUGGUUGCAUCAUUGAGAUUGAUCAAUUGAUGUGUUUUUCUCACGAAGCAGUUUACAGGUCAGUAGCUCAACAUUAUCCACACAUCCUGCUGUGUGUGUGCAGCAUGCACGUUUGUGUCUGCGCACGCAUGUGUACUCAAUAAAGCUUUUUCAUACACUUGACUGUCAGUAAACCUAUAGUCCAUGAGGAGUCAGAACUAAGACGUGUGCUUUAUGGAGACUUCUUUACACUGCCCUGUCUGUCUGUCCGUCUGAUAAUCCUGGCUCCCUCCAGGCAGUGAGGAACUGAUAAAGACGUUUUCUCCUCCUCUGUCACAUCUGUAAGAGUUUUUUUUUGACAGGCCAUCUGAAUGCAGGAUGGCAUUUCCAUGUAAAAAGCCCCAUGAGCACUAACAUGUGAAGUUCAUAGGAGCAUAUCAAAUUUGGUGUUAAAUGAAAGCUGAGUCUAUAUUUGAGAGAAAUUAAGACAUAUACAUUUCUAACAAAUUUCCAUCCUAAAAAUUUGGAAUAAGUAAAGGCUUUGAUUUAUGGUCAAACAGAUGGAGAAGAGGUCUUAGAAGUUUGGACAGUACAAAUCAAAUUUUAUUGGUCACAUAUACAUAUUUAGCAGAUGUUAUUGCUGGUGUAGCGAAACGCUUGUGUUCCUAGCUCCAACAGUGCAGUAAUAUCUAACAAUACACACAAAUCUAAAAUGAAAAUAAUGGAAUUAAGACAUAUUUUAACAUUAGGUUCGGCAAUGUCGGAGUGGCAUUGACUAAAAUACAGUAGAAUACAGUAUAAUACAAAUUAUAUGAGUAAACAUUAUUAAAGUGACUAGUGUUCAUUAUUAAAGUGACCACUGAUUCCAUGUCUAUGUACAUAGGGCAGCAGCCUCUAAGGUGCAGGGUUGAAUAACCGGGUGGUUGCCGGCUAGUGAUGGCUAUCUAACAGUCUAAUGGCCUUGAGAUGGAAGCUGUUUCUCAGUCUCUCGGUCCCAUCUUUGAUGCACCUGUACUGACCUCACCUUCUGGAUGACAGCGGGGUGAACAGGCCGUGGCUCGGGUGGUUGAUGAUCUUUUUGGCCUCCCUGUGACAUUGGGUGGUGUAGGUGCCCUGGAGGGCAGGCAGUGUGCCCCCGGUGAUGCGUUGGGCAGACUGCACAACACUCUGGAGAGCCAUGCAGUUGUGGGCGGUGCAGUUGCGCUACUAGGCGGUGAUACAGCCCGACAGGAUCCUCUCAAUUGUGCAUUUGUAAAAGUUUGUGAGGGUCUAAGGGGCCAAUACAAAUUUAUUCAGCCUCCUUAGGUUGAAGAGGCACUGUUAGUCCUUCUAUACCUCCACUGUCUGUGUGGGUGGACCAUUUCAGAUUGUCAAUGAUGUGUACGGCGAGGUACUUGAAGCUUUCACCUUCUCUACUGCAGCCCCGUCGAUGUGGGUGGGGGCGUGCUCCCUCUGCUGUAUCCGGAAGUCCACGAUCAGGUCCUUCAAUUUGUUGACGUUGAGGGAGAGGUUAUUAACCUCACCUCCUCGCUGUAGGCUGUCUCGUCAUUGUUGGUAAUCAGGCCUACUACUGUUGUGUCGUUUGCAAACUUGAUGAUUGAGUUGGAGGGGUGCGUGGCCACGCAGUCAUGGGUCAACAUGGAGUACAGAAGGGGGCUGAGCACAAACCAUUGUGGGGACCGUGUGUUGUGGAUCAGUAGAGUGGAGGUGUUGUUUCCUACCUUCACCACCUGGGGGCGACCUGUCAGGAAGUCCAGGACCCAGUUGCACAGGGCGGGGUUCAUACCCAGGGUCCCAAGCUUAAGGAUGAGCUUGGAGGGUACUAUGGUGUUGAAGGCUGAGCUAUAGUUAAUGAACAUCAUUCUUCCGUCUGGGCCGGCAGCCUUGCGAGGGUUAACACAUUUAAAUGUCUUACUCAAAUCUGCCACGGAGAACGAGAGCCCACAGUUCUUGGGAGCAGGCCGAGUCAGUGGCACUGUGUUAUCCUCAAAGUGGGCAAAGAAGGGGUUUAGCUUGUCCAGGAGCAAGAUGUUGGUGUCCGCGAUGUGGCUGGUUUUCCCUUUGUAAUACGUGAUUGUCUGUAGACCCUGCCACAAACGUCUUGUGUCAGAACCGUUGAAUUGCGACUCCACUUUGUCUCUGUACUGACGUUUUGCCUGUUUGAUUGCCUUAUGGAGGGAAUAACUACACUGUUGGUAUUAGACCAUAUUCUCAGUCACCUUGCCAUGGUUAAAUGCGGGAAUUUGCACUUUGAGUUCUGCACGAAUGCUUCCAUCUAUCUACGGUUUUUGAUUUGGGUAGGUUUUAAUAGUCACAGUGGGAACAGCAUCCCCCAUACACUUCCUGAUGAACUCAGUCACCGUGUCUGUGUAUACGUCAAUGUUAUUCGCAGAGGCAACCUGGAACCACGGUACAGUAAACAAGUAAAGUAGAGUAUAGGUCAGUACAAUACAGUACUUUAGAGUUUAGUACUUUACUGAACUGUACAGCACUAGACUGUACUGAACUACACUGUACUGAACUGUGCUGUGUUGUACUGUGAUGUCCAACCUUGUGAAACAUAGACCUCAUUAAUAAAACCGGAGUUGAUUAGAAUAAUAGCCACUGUGUAGAAUAAUACUCAAACAUGCUAUGGAGGAUAUUACAUUUUUCUACCUUUGUGUACCUAUUCAGGAUACAUCACCAUGAAGAGAAUGACGUUCAUAAUUAUGCAUUUCUGUAUAGUACAGGUCAGGGACCCAUGAUGUCAUUCUGUUACCAUCACUCUGUUACAGGGUGUUAAUCCACCUUACUUACUGUAGUUCAAUAACCAAAAUGCAUUUUUUCAAACUUACGGUGUCAUGUCAUAGUUGACACCCCGUUCUUUCUGCAGAUAUCUUUGAAUCUUAGUUCGGAUUAGAUAUUUAGAAGUCCAAUACAGCCGUUUUUGUUUAAAUAUCAAAUUAUUUCUGGGUAACAAUGAAGUACCUAACUGUGAUUUGUUUUUAAUUAAAACGGUCAAAAAUAAACAAAUAGCUUCUUAGCAAAGAGCAAUUUCUCAAGCAAGGACUGUCUGGGAGUGAUCUGAGUGGGGAGGGAGAAACUUAAAACUAGCUGUUAUUGAAAGAGGUUUGGAGCUCUCUUUCUUAUUGGUCUAUUAACUAAUUUACAGCCUGGUGAUGUCACUAGGCAGGCCAAAACUCCAUCCAACCGAAUUUCAGGCUGUCUUUUCAAACUGCUCUUACACUGUUUUUAAAUAAAAAUCACUUCCUGAAUUGAGUGCCUUCAAUUCGAAUUGACCCCAUUACUGGUUUGUUUAACUUUGCAAUCAAUGGUUUUAGUUUGGCCUUCAUUUGAAGUGAAAAAUCGGAGUCUCAGCGUCAUUCUGUUAAUGUGAAAUUGCCCAGCAGCACUUUGUGAUUGACUCAGCCUUCCGUCUGUUACGAUAAGAGCUCCUCAUCUCUGACAAGCUGACUGAUUGGAAACUUUAGGGAAAUGAUAACAAUCACACUCUCCCUGUGGCAUUUUAUGCACAUUGUUUUGCACUAUUUGAGAACUAUAGCAUAAUAUUAUAGCCUUCAAUCAGUGGAAAUAUGUAUCUCUUCUAGUAUGUUCUAUUUCUAUUCUGUGUGCCCCCCUAUGUUGCUCUAUUUCUAUGUUCUACACCUGCGGUCUACUGCUUACCUGAUCCAGAGGUAGCUAGCUACGGCAACGCAAUCUGUUGUCAUAACAGCAUUGUGGAGUGUUGUGAUUUUUUCAGAUACAGUACAGAUGUCUAGAGUGAGAUUCUGCAGGUUACUCUUGGACGUGUGAGUGAGAGAGAGUACAUGGCGGUAAGAGCGAGAGUUCCGUGCUUUAACGCUCACAAUAAUUUCAUGCUUCUGGAUUUUGAUUGCAUUCCAUCGCUAUCUUAUCUAUGGAACCUGCAGCAAUGAGAUGAGCCAGCUGGUUCAGGCUUCAGCACAAAGCGAGAGAGACUUCCAGUGUCUGUUGGCGUGUGUGUGCUAGAGAGUAUAUGUGUGUGUGUGUGUGUGUGUGUCUGCCAAGAGGAGAGAAGACCUCCAGCGGUGGUGUGGGAGCGAUCGUGUUUCUUUGCUUGAGCUGGUGUGAGUGUGUGAGUUCUUUACUCUGAAUAGUAGGAGAAUGGCAGCUCGCUAGUGUGUGUUUAUGUGAAUGCAUGUGUAUGAGCGUUUGUUUUCCCGAGUGAGUGUGUUGUGUUUCCUCCUCUCUGAGGAGUAGUAGUUGGGCAGCUCUCUCCCCCUGGCUAGGUGUGUGUGUGGAGAUGGCAGUGUGUGUGUGUGCUACCCUGCCCGCACUGCUCCUGCUCCUGAGUUACGGUGUGUGUGUGACGGUGGGAUACCCAUUCAGACCCCCCAUAGACCUGGACGUCACCCCCAGAAUCACCAUAACUACCAGCGGUCUGUUGGGCUGCAGACGUUUCCAGACCUCAGUAGUGAACUACAGUACACUGCUACUAGAGGAGGACAGGGGUCUUCUCUAUGUGGGGGCCCGUGGGGCCGCGUUCUCUCUCAACGCCACAGACAUCUCAGACAGCACAGCUCGCACUAUUGAAUGGGAAGCCUCGACAGAGCAAAAACAGCAGUGUCUGAGCAAAGGGAAAGACAAUAAGACAGAGUGUUAUAACCACAUCAGGUUUCUCCAGAGAUUUAACUCAACUCAUCUCUACAUGUGUGGGACUUACGCCUUCAGACCUCUCUGUGCAUACAUAGAUGAGGGGAGGUUUAAAGUGUCAUCUGAGUUUGAGGAGGGCCGAGAGAAGUGUCCAUAUGGACCUGCUACAGGCUACACUGGCCUCAUCGUAGACCAGCAGAUGUACACAGCAUCUCAGUAUGAGUUCCGCGGCUCUCCGGACGUCCGACGUAACUUCCCCUCCCCCACAGUGAGGACAGAGGAGGCACCCACACGCUGGUUAGAUGAGGCUGACUUUGUGGGCAGUGCCCUGGUGAGGGAGAGUGAGGGCAGUACCACUGGAGAUGACGAUAAAAUCUACUACUUCUUUACUGAGAAGAGCCAGGAGCAGACACCAUACUACAGCCACAUUAGAGUGGCACGGGUUGGACGAGUCUGUAAGGGAGACCGAGGAGGUCUUUUGACCCUCCAGAAGAGGUGGACAUCGUUCCUGAAGGCCAGACUGGUGUGUUCCCUGCCGGAAUAUGACUUCCACUUCAACGUGUUGAGGAGUGUGUACACGCUGCCGGGGGACACACCUCACGACACGCUGUUCUACGGCGUCUUUGGUCUCGAGUGGAAGAACGUGAAGGCGUCGGCAGUGUGCCAGUUUUCUCUGUCUGAGCUCCAGCGGGUGUUUGAUGGGCCCUACAUAGAGGACCAGGACUCUGGAGCAAAAUGGAGCGAGUACACUGGCAAGGUCCCUGACCCACGACCUGGAUCAUGUAUAACAGACCAGUUGAGAUCCAGAGGUAUCAACUCCUCCACCUCCCUGCCAGACGACGUGUUGAACUUUGUGAGGAGACACCCUCUGAUGUCCCAGCAAGUCAUGUCUACAGAGCAGCGUCCCCUGUUGUUUAGGAGGACCACAGACUACACCCAGCUGGCGGCUCACAGGGUGGAGGGGCUGGACGGGCAGAACUACCAUGUAUUGUUCAUGGGCACAGACGAUGGCUGGCUGCACAGAGCUGUGGAGGUCAAGGGUCAUCUACACAUCAUAGAGGAGCUUCAGCUGUUUGACCAACCACAGCCUGUGGAUACCCUGGUCAUCUCACACACACAGAUGAGUGUGUAUGUAGGUUCUCCCUCUGGUGUGGUCCAGCUGCCUCUCUCCACCUGUAGCAGGUACACCUCCUGUUACGACUGUGUCUUCUCCCGGGACCCUUACUGUGGCUGGGAUGGCCAGGACUGUGUGGACAUCACAGCACAGACUGACAGGUCUAACCUGAGUCAGGACGUCCUGUAUGGAAACAGAGGAUGUGACAGCGACACAGCAGACGAGCUGGUCCAGCACCGGAGCCGGUCUGUGAUGGUGGGAGAUGACGUGCUGCUCCAGUGUGAACUCGGCUCCAACCUGGCAAUCCCAGUGUGGACUCUGGGCGGGUCAGAGCUGCAGGGCUACGGCCUGGACUCCGGCUUCAGAGUGGGAAACGAUGGCCUCCUGGUCAUUGAGUCCCGACCUGAGCAGAGCGGCGAGUACACCUGCCACGCCCUCGAGAACGGCAUCCGGAUCGCCGUGGUUACGUACUCUGUGACAGUUCGUUUAGACAUGCCCCAACCCCCUCCCCCGCUCAUGGACCCCACCAAGGAAGACUACUCCUACUACACCCCCUGGGACUCUGACUCAUCCACCCUUGACCCCCCACCACCCAGCGCACCCCCCUCCUCAGAGAGACCCCUGCUACCCCCUCCCCCGGCCCAUCUCCCCCCCACCUCGGAGCUGCUCUCCCCCAGGAGCAUGGAGGCUAUGUACCUGUCCAUGAUCACCAUCCUGGGGGGUCUGUGUCUGGUUCUCACCGUGGUUCUCCUCUACGUGGGCUUCUGUCUUCGGGGCGGCCACAGGGGGAAGUACUCUCUCCGCGCUGCCGCCGCCGCCUCUGCCAAUCACACGGACAGGAAGAAAAAACACAGGAAGCAGCAUCAGAAACGCCACAGUAGCUCCGCCCACCUCGAGCUCAAGACCAUCUCCAGCCACUGUAAUGGGAACGGGAUCUGUAAUGGUAAUGGUGUCUCCAAACAACCGGGGGACGGUGACGCGCAUGAAGGGGGCUUCCUCCAGAUCGUCCCUGGGGAGGGCCAGUCGUCCCCCAACAAGGACCCCCCACCCCCUGCCCCUCCUCUCCCCCCGCCUCCUCAGACCCCCCACACCGCCCUCAACCAAUCAGAGUGUGACUUGCAAGACUUCCCCAGCCCCAAUGGCCUAUCGGCGACGUUACCCAGCGUCUUGCGGAGAAUGCACGGUAACAGCUACGUGUUGUUAAGACAGAGUGACGCAGACAGCAGCUCUCCUCUCUGCUACUCCUUCACUGAGGAACUCAACAGGAUCCUAGAGAAGAGGAAACACACACAGCUGCUGCCCAAACCGGACGAGAGCUCUGUGUAGUAGAGGGAAUCUGUGUCUGGGAGGUAGCUCCCCCUGUGGUGGGAGGACUGAACUGGGACAUUAAUAUAGGCCAUUUAGCAGAUCCAAAGCGACUUACAUCAGUGAGUACAUACAUUUUGUAUUGGUGGCCCCAGCGACAAUUGAACCUAUGACUCGGUCAUUACAUGCUGAAGGGCCUGUUGUAAGGCUCUGACUCUAUCUCCUUCUCCACAUCAAGAACAGUAAUACUCAUCGGGAGGAACUUGAGAAACUGGACCCAAACCGAGGGGUGUAGAGAUCAUUUGUGGAUGAUCCAUGCUGCUCACAGAGUAAAUGGGCUCUAGGCAAGUCUAUAUAACAGCUAGCCUGAACUGAAUUAUGAGAGAGGGAGAUAGCCUGCCAUUUGUCCUACUUAAAGGCCCAGUGCAGUGAAAAUGCUUUUUUCUGUGUUUUGUAUAAUAUUGUACAACAGUUGAUGAAACUGUUGUAAGUGUGACAUUUUUUAAAAUCAGUGUUAUUUCCUGAUAUUUGCUAGUUGGAAAUACAGUCGUCUAAUCAACCUGUUUGCAUUGGCGGGAGUUUCGGCUUGCCUGGUGACAUCACCAGGCAGUAAAUUAGUUAAUAGACCAAUAACAAAGAGAGUUUCUAACCUCUCUGCCAAUAACAGCUAGUUUUAAGUUUUCCCCUCCCCACACAGACCACUCCUAGACAGUCCUAAGAAAAGUCUUGCUUGAAAAAUGGUCAUUUGCUAAAAAGCAGUUUUUGUCCAUUUUAAGGAAAGGUACUUAAUUGUUACCUAGAAAUGAUUGGAUAUAAAAAUGGCUGCAAUGGGCCUUUUUUUAAAGUUUUUGCACCACUGAAAAUGGUUGCUUGCAUGUGUGUUGGAAUAACAAAUAUGUUUCAAAAGAGGAGAUUUCUGCACAAUAUUCAACCUUCCUAGGAGCUAUUCUUGUAUCGCUUUCUCCUGUUUGACACCCAAAGCCAUGGGUUACAGUGAGGACUCGCAUAAGAUAAGCCUGCCUAGGAGAGACAGAGAGAACCUACCUCAACUCUGCAAAACUUAGCAGGCUAGAGCCAACCCAGCUCACGUCAAUACGGCUCAGUCUGGAUCAAUAAAAGACUAGCCCUCGAGGGGGUGAUUCAGGGAGCAGGCUUCAGAUCUCAGACCCAGAGUAAGGUUCCUAUCUGGGCAGGACACAGUUGGCUGUGAAGUCUCAACACAGACCAUGGUAACAAGGAGGAAAAGGAGGAAGAAGAAGAGGCUCAUGGGAAUAUGAAGUUGUUGUGACUUGUGACAAUGGCCUUGAAUUGGCUUUUGUUUUAAAAUGGAGGCAGAUGUCCGAAGGAGUGACAAGAUGUGUUUUAACGAUGGUGUGCUCGACACCUUUUUAGCAGGUUUCAUAUUAGAACAUUGAGGGGAAAAGUGUAUUUGUUUUUAUUCUUAGAAUUUCUCGUUGUAAAUGAUCUUUAUUGAUUACAAUGGUAACACAAACUGUAAUAACCACAUUCAAGUAUUAUUAUUAACAUAUAGCAACGUUUAACCCAAGACAGAGAGAGUAUCCAAUGAAAAUACCCGUUGAUCAUUAUAUUUGUGAUAGGAAAUAUGACAGUAUUAACAGUUUUUAUGCACUUUCGAUGCCAUUUGCUUCAGACAUUCCUUGGUUAUUAUGUACGCAAAUCAAUGGACACUACAAGCACAUCAGGACUAUGGGAGAUUCAACAUCACACCCUGUCAAGAGACCACACCAUCAACUGAGUUGGAGCUAAUGGAUUAGCAGCACCGCUACACUACUGACUCUCUUUCUCCUAACCAACUCCAACUAAUGUGUCUGAACUGGGGUUGGCAAAAUUCCCAGUUCUGAACUCUACCAUGACAUCACAGCUCAGCCACAGAGGAUCAGACAUCACUUCCGGUUCAUGGCCAUAACAACUUAUAGGCUACACACCUGAGACCUGCGAGAUGCUAUCUAGUUUGGGGCCUGUCUGUUUCAAAUAGAUCUUGCUCCAGCAAUUCUCAAAUAUGGUGUGAUGUCUGGUACCGUGACAUGAAGAUCUUGCCAACUGGGAAUAGUGUAGCUUCAAAAUGUCAGGACAACGUCACCGUUUGGAAUCAAAAACAGCUCCAGUGCAAUUGGAAGACAGCAAUUAUAAUCCAGAGUGAGUGAGGAAAAAGUAAAAUCCUCCCUUCUACAACCAGUUCACUGCUCUAUCCCAUCUUAACCUGAGAACUGGAGUUGACAUGGAUACCUCAGUAAGUAAUAUAGGUCAUGGUACAGUACAACUACUCUCUGCAACCUAACCUGUGCUGUUCACCACAAGAUACAGGAGCAAACUGGGGAAAGUGGCAUUUAAUGGUCCUGGUCUUCACCUCAAACUACUCUGCCCUCUCUAUAGCCCUCUCUGUAAAGAUGACAAACCAUCACAACAUGGAUGCUUACUAAUAGGAUGGGGGACCAUCAUAAACUGUUGUCAGAUUUUAAAAGGACUGCACUAUUAGUGCCACUAUGUUCUUUGAAGAAAAACAUUUAAAAGGGGAAAAAAGCAUUUAUAUUGUGAUUUUGUACCAAGUUGCUCUUCUAUUGCCGUUGUUGUUUUAAAGCCAUUUGUAAGAGGCUCUGAUGUGGGUCUCAGUCCAUUAGUGUUGCACAAGUAGUCUAAUAACACUGUUGAACAGGGGUCUCCAACUCUGGUCCUGGAGAUCUAUGAGUGGUGCAGGCUUUUGUUCCAGCCCAGCGCCAACACAGCUGAUGCAACUUAUUAUGGUCCAGAGUCAGCCUGAAAACUAUGAUGAAUUGAUUUUGUUUAGUAGGUAUGUUAGUGAUGGAUUGAAGCAAAACCCUGCACAUCCAGAUGCUCUCCAGGGCCAGGGUUUGGGGAAACCUGUGGUAGAAGCAUGGUAGGUUAGCCAACAGCAUGAUGAACAGAAUAUACCACCAUAGCUAUGAGGCUUAAAUUCCAAAAUAAUAAAAUGUGACCGAUGAUGAGACUGUUCUCAGUCUUUACCAUUCAUGUGGGUUUGUUUAGAUAGUUUCUCACAGGUUGUUAAGCACCAUCCACAGCAUUCUGUAUUUCUCUCUCUCGCUCCAUAUACUAUAUCUACCAAUGGUUUAUGUCUGUCUUUCUAUCUCUCUCAGCUUUGUCUCACACACUCUCUUGUUUUAUGCAGUAUCUCUACCCCUUUCUCUGUCUGUCUGCCUGUCUCUCUAUUCUUAUUUUUCUCCCUCCCUUUCCAUAUUUUUCUGUCACAUGAGUAAUAUAUCCAGUGCAGACACAACAAGUCCUCCUGCUUCACUAACACAUUGAGUAGCAGCUCACUGACUUCUGGUUCGUUUACAUUUCAUUUUGAUGAGCUGAAAUUCUAAUAAACAAUAUGUUUCAACCUC